GCCGUCGUGCCCGAGGCGGCACCCGAACCGUUGAUGAUGGCACAACAAGUGCCUCAUCAGACACCAGACAGGAGGCGCGUCAAGGUCUACGAACUCCGCCACAAUGACUGGUUUGACCGCGGAACCGGCUUCUGCUACGCCUGCUGGAUUGCGAAACCUUGAUAGUAUGGACGGACAAUGGGGUCGACAUGGCACUGAGCUUUCAAGAGGCCGAGGGCUGCGCCGCGAUCUGGAGGUUUAUCGACCAGGUUCAGCAAACCUUCCAGGGCGGCAUUUCCGGCGCCGAUGACAGCCUCUCGGACGACUUGACCAUGGAGCUACCUCCCUCGAUCCAGCUCCCCCCUCCUGACCUGGCGUCGCUCCCCGAGUUGGACAUGGCAAUACGGAAUCUGUCGCAAUCGCCGGCCGGUCGCGACGCGCUUGCCAAGACCAUCAUGGCCGAGGAUUACAUUGGCAAACUAAUACCUCUGGUAGAGAUGGCCGAGGACCUCGAGAGCCUGCCGGACCUUCACCGGCUGUGCAACAUCAUGAAGACAAUCCUGCUGCUGAACGACACCAGCAUCAUCGAACACGCCGUGUCGGACGAAUGUGUCUUGGGGGUGGUGGGCGCGCUGGAAUACGACCCUGAUUUCCCUAGUCACAAGGCGAACCAUCGUCAGUGGCUGAAUAACCAGGGGCGGUACAAGGAGGUGGUGAGGAUCCAGGACGAGCAGGUCCGGCGCAAGAUCCACACAACCUAUCGGCUGCAGUAUCUCAAGGACGUGGUGCUGGCCAGGAUCCUCGACGACCCGACCUUUUCCGUCCUCAACUCGCUCAUCUUCUUCAAUCAGGUGGACAUCGUCCAGCACCUGCACACCACUCCCGGGUUCAUGCAGGACCUCUUCGCCAUCUUCCAUGAUCCCAACGAGCAGCCGCUGCGGAAGAAGGAGGCCGUCCUCUUCAUCCAGCAGUGCUGUGCAAUCGCCAAAAACCUCCAGCCGCCAGCCCGCCAGGGUCUGUACGUGCACUUCCUCAAGGAGGGCCUCCUCCCGGCCAUCAACUACGGCAUGCGCCAUCGAGACGUGUCGGUGAGAGUGGGAGCGACCGACAUUCUGGUCUCCAUGAUUGAUCACGACCCGUCGCUGGUUCGACAGACAAUCUACGAGCAGAUCCAGAAGCGGCUGCAGCCACUAACAGAUACCCUGAUCGAUCUCCUCCUCGUCGAGGUCGACCUCGGCGUCAAGUCGCAGAUCUCAGAGGCGCUUAAGGUGCUUCUCGACCCAUGUCCGCCCCCGGUCCAGCAGCAGCAGCAGCAGCAGCAGCAGCAGCAGGAGAACCGGGGAGAAUUUUCUGGACAGCCCAGACUCAGGGCGCACCCCGGCAUUGACCCGCAGCAGGACGUCUUCUUGACGCACUUUUACGAGCAUUCGGCCGCCAGGCUGUUUAAGCCUCUGAUCGACCUCGAGAAGCGGACUGAGAUGAAAUUCUCCCCGUCCGAGGAGGGGAUCUUUAGCUACCUUAACGACAUUCUAUGCUUCUACAUCCAGCGGCAUCAUCACCGCAGCAAGUUCUUCGUGUUUACACACAACAUAGCCUCGCGGUUCGCGCAGCUUCUCUCCUGCAAGGAAAAGCAUUUGCAACUUGUUGCUGUCCGCUUCUUCCGCCACCUCGUCAUAUUGCAGGACGAGUUCUACAUCAAGCACAUGGUCGAUAAGAAGGUGCUCGGUCCCGUACUCGACGUCCUGUUGCGGACGCUUCCGCGAGAUAACCUGCUGUCUUCUGCCUGUCUUGAGCUCUUUAUGCUCAUCAAUAAGGAGAACCUUAAGGAGCUGAUCAAGCACGUGGUGGAAAACUACCGUGAAAAGAUCGCGGCUCUUUCCUACAUGGCUACCUUUGACGAGAUUCUACACCGCUACGACCAGACCCAGGGCUUCACCCUCAACGUUGACCCCUAUUUCGAGUCGGAGGACGAACUGGGCCGGGCUCGCCCGCCAAACGGCGCGGCGAGAGGCAUGAUGGAACACCUCACUGUGGACCAAGCUCAGGAGGAUUACUGGAACACUUCCGACGAUGAAGACGACAUGGCCGUCGCUCAGGAGCCGACCGACGAAGAACUCCGGCAAUCACUGGGCAUGAUGCCAGACCGGAGCCCGUCGAAGCCGCUUGUCGAAUACAACUCGGACGACGAGGACGAAAACGACACCCCGAUGGCAAACCUUGCGGCCGCGGAGGGCUCAACGACCCCGUCUACCGGCGACGAGGCAGCAUCGACUAUUUCAAACGCCCCGCAGACAGCACAAACAAACGGCACUGCGACCGCAUCCCCACCCACGUCGACUUCCACGUCCACAACAGCGGCAACAGCAGCAGCCGCAGCCGCAGCCGCCGCUGUAACCCCACCGCCCGAGCGCCUAUCGGAGAAGCGCCGCCGCGAGGAGGACGAGGACGACGACGUGCUGGAUAAGCUGACGCAGAACAAGCGGCGCAAUAGCAGCAGCGCUGCAUCGAACGCGUCGGUGUCGGCAUCAUCACCAUCGUCGAACGCGUCGACCCUCAAAAGGAAGAAGAGCUUCUCGGGGCAUGGGCAUCGCGCGGGUUCCGGGGGGGGAGGUAGUCCAAAUGGCGGCGGCGGUGGCGGUGGUGGUGGUUCGGCAGCGUCGGGAAUGAAGAAGAUCGCCAUCAGCAUUUCGCCGGCCGUUAAGACGGCUGUGGUGAAGGCCGAUGAGAGCGCCGGUGGCGCUGGCGCAGGAGGUGGGGGAGAUUAGGGAGGGAAGAGAGCAUCGCGAUGAUGAUGAUGCUGCUGCUGCUGGGGGGUGAUGAUGGAUGGUUGGUGGCUUGGUUCGGCACACGCUCGUCUUAUCCGACUCUUCCUGUCGCGGCAACAA